GUGAGUUCCAUCCAAUAGCUCUCGCCCCCGCUUGCGUAAAUCAAGAAUCCCUAGGGUUUCUUCCGAUUAGAGCUAAACCCGAUUUAGAAAAGAUGUCUCAGAACGGGAAGCUGAUCCCACCAAAUAUGGAUCAGAACAGUACGCGGCUCCUCAAUCUCACAGUGCUCCAGCGACUCGAUCCUUUCAUCGAGGAAAUCCUCAUCACAGCCGCUCACGUCACCUUCUAUGAAUUCAACAUCGAGAUCAGUCAAUGGAGUCGGAAGGAUGUUGAAGGAUCUUUGUUUGUUGUCAAAAGAAAUAAACAACCUCGAUUUCAGUUUAUCGUGAUGAAUCGUCGCAACACAGAUAAUCUGGUGGAGGAUCUCCUGGGUGAUUUUGAGUAUGAAGUGCAAGGUCCAUAUUUGCUUUACCGUAAUGCAUCUCAAGAAGUUAAUGGCAUUUGGUUCUACAAUAAACGCGAGUGUGAGGAGGUUGCUCGUCUUUUCGACAGAUUACUUAGCGCUUAUUCCAAGGCAAACCAGAAGCCAAAUACGUCUUCUCCGAAAAGUGAGUUUGAGGAAUUGGAAGCUGUGCCUACAAUGGCAGUUAUGGAUGGUCCUCUUGAACCAUCUUCAACUGCUAGGGAUGCCCCUAACGAUCCUGCUUUUGUCAACUUCUUCAGCUCAGCGAUGGCUCUUGGGAACACUUCAAGUGGACAGACAAGUGGACCACCGUACCAACAACCAUCAGCAAUUCCACUGCAACCUCACCAACCCACCCUUGCCCCUCCUGCAGCGACAGCUGCACCUCCACAAAUAUUAUCACCACCGCCUCUGCAAUCCUCCUCUCCUAUGAUGCCUCUCUUUGACAACAAUCCUGAUCUUAUCAGCAAUAAGUCCAAUGUUCACACGGAUCUGGUGACGCCGUCCUCGUUCUUUGGCCCCCCACGGAUGAUGGCACAACCACACCUCAUUCCUGGUUCAUCUAUGCCCACUACUAAUGCGACUCAUCAGCAGCGCCCAUAUGGUACUCCGAUGCUCCAGCCUUUCCCACCACCAACUCCACCAGCAUCACUCGCUCCUGCACACAGUGGCCCGGUUAUCAAUAGAGACAAAGUCAAAGAAGCCCUUUUGUCCCUGGUCCAGGAGAAUGAAUUCAUCGACAUGGUGACCCGAGCUUUACAAAAUGCACAUCAACCGUGAAGCUGAGCGGGGUCGUUGUCUACGGGUGGGGGUUUUGAUGUAAGAUAUGUAGUUAAAACGUAGUUUUGUUCUACUUUCGACCAUUCUUCUAGCCAAGUGUUAUUCUCCCCCUCUCUUCAAACUUGAAUGAACGUCUUUCUGUUAAACUUUAAAGAUAUUUUCGUACAUACGAUGUUACAAGUACGUUUUGAUUGUU